AUGCAUUUUGGAACCAAGAAUCAAAGUAGGGAUAACAAAUGGUACAGCACCUCCAAGAACGAAUUCAAUAGGAUGCAUAUAUUCUGCGCUAAAGCCAAUUGUUUAGAUAUAUUAAUGAUGAAGUUUGUGUAUUUUUUUGUAAAAAAAUGGUUUAUGCAAUAGCCAAUGACUUAGAGAAAACAAAAAAUCUUGGAUUAUCAUGCAAAACAUCAUCUGCCAAACAAUAGUCUUCCAAUCAGGUAAAUCUUAAAUUUCAAAUGA